AUGUAUGUUGGGUACCUGAGGGCUUGACGUCAUACAGGAGGAGGGGCAAAUGAGGAGAAAAAAGAAGAAGAAGAUAGACCUGAUAUACUCCGUACUUCGUAGUAGUAUAUCGGAUCCGGACGGAAUCAUUGGACGUCUCCCAUUCCCAUUCCCAUUCCCUUCAUUCAUCGUUUCCUUCCACCCGUUUCUUGUAUUCAUUUCUUUCCCUGUCUCCUCCAUAUACUGGGUAUACAAGGGUGAAGGAGAGUGGGUUCUUCAUAGAAUGGACAAGGAAUAGCCUAGCCGAAAUAAACCCGAAUCUAUCUAUCUACUCUAGAUGCUUCGCUUAAGAUAGAGAAGGUAUCCCGCUGUAGGUCCUAG